UCCUCCACUCGCUCCUCCACUCCUCUUUAAGAUUCCGCAUCUGACGAGACGCCUCCGCCCGCGGCCGCUUCCCCGCGACUCCUCUCGCUCGGAGAACAGGAAUCUUGCCGUUUUUCCUCGGGAUCCAACCAAGUUCAAUCGAAGGAGGAGUUUUUGACGUUUCUUAUUUUUGGGUCUUACAAUGACAGCUACCAAGGAGCAGCCGAGCCAGAGAGCGAACCAGCCGCAGCAGCAGCAGGAUGAGGACCUGGGUGGGGGAAGUCCUCCACAGAGGAACUGGAAGGGGAUUGCCAUUGCUCUGCUGGUCAUCCUGGUGGUCUGCUCCAUGAUCACCAUGUCUGUCAUCCUCCUCACACCAACUGACAGCCAAUCAGGAAGUGACACCAAACUGACAGUGGAGGAUUUGUUCAAACCUGAAUUCAAGGUCCACGACCCCGAAGCCAAAUGGAUCAAUGACUCAGAAGUCAUCUACAGGAACAGCGACGGCCACGUCAUCAAGUUCAACAUCCUCACCAAUGAAACCGAGAUCGUUCUGACCAACACAACAUUUAUCAAUUUCAACGUGGCCAAGUAUUCUGUGUCCCCCGACCUGAAGUACGUCCUCUUCGCUUACGAUGUGAAACAGGUUUACCGACACUCCUACAUGGCCUCCUACAGCAUCUACAACAUCCACACCCGGGAGGUCUGGGAGCUGGACCCCCCCGAGGUGGUGAACUCGGUGCUGCAGUACGCUGCCUGGGGGGUGCAAGGCCAACAACUGAUCUACAUAUUUGAGAAUAACAUCUACUACCAAUCCGAUGUGAAGAGUAACUCCCUCCGACUCACGUCCUCUGGGAAGGAGGGGGUCAUCUUCAAUGGAAUAGCCGACUGGCUCUAUGAAGAGGAGAUCCUUCUGACCCACGUGGCCCACUGGUGGUCGCCUGACGGAGAGCGGCUGGCCUUCCUGGUGCUCAACGACAGCCUGGUGCCCAACAUGGCUCUGCCUCGCUUCACCGGCAUGGCGUACCCCAAAGGGAAGCAGUACCCGUACCCCAAGGCUGGGCAACCCAACCCGGUGGUGAAGCUCUAUGUGGUGAAUCUCUACGGGCCCACGCACACGCUGGAGCUCAUGCCUCCAGAGACCCUGAAGCUACGGGAACAUUAUGUGUCCAUGGUGAAGUGGAUCAGCAAGACCAAGACUUCUGUGAGGUGGUUGAACCGGGCCCAGAACAUCUCCAUCCUGACUGUGUGUGACACGACCACUGGAGCCUGUGUAACGAGACAUGAAGAAAGCUCGGAGCUCUGGCUCUCCAAGCAGAACCAAGAACCAGUGUUUUCCAAAGAUGGCAACAGGUUCUUCCUGACUGUUCCGGUGAAACAAGGAGGACGUGGAGAGUUUCAUCACAUCGCCAUGUUCACCACACAGUUCAGAGCAGAUCAGAAUGAAGUCCGACAUCUGACCUCAGGAAACUGGGAGGUGACCCGGAUCGUCUCGUACGACGAGAACACCGACAACCUUUAUUUUCUCAGCACUGAAGGUUCCCCACGAAGACGACAACUUUACAGUGUUAAAACCGUGGGUCUGUUCCCACGUCAGUGUUUAACGUGUGAGUUGAACAAAGCUCACUGUUUGUUCUUCGAUGCUGACAUCAGCCCCACGGACCAGCACAUCAUCCUCCAGUGUAAAGGCCCUGGAGCACCGACCGUGAUCCUACACAGCCUCAACAACUCAAAUUACUACAUUCUUGAGAACAACUCGUUGCUGAAGGCAGCCUUGAAGGUCAAACGGAUCCAGAUGACUGACUUCGAAACGGUUCCAAUGGAGCAUUUUGAUUUACCUCUGAAGAUAUCCUACCCACCAGACUUCUCAGAUUCCCGUCACUACGGCCUCCUGCUGCUGGUUGACAGCGCCCCCGGUGGUCAGGCGGUGAGUGACCGCUUCUCCCUCGGCUGGGACUCGGUGCUGGUCAGCUCGGAGAACAUCAUCGUGGCUCGUCUGGACGGCCGAGGCAGCGGCUUCCAGGGUCAGAGGAUCCUCCACGAGGUUCACCACCGACUGGGCACUGUGGACGUCCAGGACCAGAUCGCAGCAGUCGAAUACAUGAUGAAAUUCCCAUAUAUAGAUCGGACACGGAUAGCAGUGUUUGGAAAGGGUUACGGAGCCUACAUCACAUUAAUGAUGCUCAAGUCGACUGACAGCCUCUUCAAGUGCUCAUGUGCAAUGUCGCCGGUGACGGACUGGAAACUAUACGCGUCAGCGUUCUCUGAGCGAUACCUCGGCACGCCGCUACGGGACGACAGCAGAUACCAGUUCUCCAGUGUGCUGCAGAACAUCCAGGCCCUGAGGGAGCAGACGCUGAUGCUGGUGCACGGCACAGCAGAUGCCAACAUCCACUUCCAGCACACUGCCGAGCUCGUCAAGAACCUGGUGAAAGUCGGAGCCAACUACUCGAUGCAGAUCUACCCAGAUGAGGGUCACUUCCUGUCCCAGCAGAGCCGCCAGCACCUCUACGCCACGCUGACCAGCUUCUACAGGGAGUGUCUGAAGGAGGAGCUGCUACCGCUGCCGGACGAGGAAGACGAGGAGGAGGAGUAGACCGGAGGCCGCGAGGACCUCCACCUUUUGGCUUGAAAGAAUUUUACUAAAGUCCGUUUAGGCUUUUCACAUUUGGACCAAGUGUUUAGCUGGACAUGGACACUGGGUUAGAGCUUCUGUUGCUCUCAAGUGUGUGUGUGUGUGCGUACGUGCGUAUGUGUGUGUGUGCGUGUGUGAGUGCAUGUGUGCGCGUCCGACUGUGUGUAAAUGUGUUGAAAAGACAACCGGACGACACAACAGUGACACUUGUCUUGCCGGGGACUUGAGACGGGAACAGCCCUCCAGCAUUAAAUCAUUUCACUUUUGGGACGCUCCAUUUCUCGGCGAAGCACACGGACGACCGCCUCCAUCUGGUUCCAGCUCUCCGGGGCCGAAGUCAUCCACACUUAAGCAAGUGCAUGGUUCUUUUUACCCCCCCACCCACCCUCCCCUCUUCCCUCCUUCACUCAUUUUGCCACAUUUGUCUGCUUUGUGGUGACACUUGGGAAGAAAAGAACACGGAUUGUUUGGUUGUUGUGUUGUUGCACAAGGAAAAUGCUCCAGUUGUCUACAAGGAUACGUUGCGUCACAAAAGUUCACCGCAAUCAAGUCGAUGCUGAAUAAGUGCAACUUCCUGCUGAACCCCCUCCGCCAUAGCCCCCCCCACCACCACCACCACCACCCUCAACAGAAGCAGUCCUUGUAGGUCUCAUCUUAUUGUGCAGGGGCGUGUGUAGACAUGUACGAUGCCUUAUGAGGUUCAACAUCCAUCAGCAGUGUCACAUAAACCUUUUGUCAACUCAGGUCCUCGAGACACAGCAUCGCAGUUUAGUAUCUGAACUCUGUCGGCUGUUCGGUCAUGGAGAAGUGAGGGAUUCUAUAGGAAGAUAAAAGAUAUCGGAUUUACAGUAUUUUCAGUUUCCAGGCCCCACUGCGAAAGUUCUCCAUCUUAGUAUUGUAACGUCAAGUGAUGGAAUCUCUUCAACACCAGAUUUGAGAUCUUCUGCUGAAGUCAAGGGACCUUCUCUGGAGUUUUGGAUUCUUCUACUUGUAUUUCAAAUAGCUGUACUGAGAUGGAGAACUUCCCAGGGUCAGUAAGGUGUUUGCAUGUCUACAGGGAAUGUGUCAAGUGUUGCCACAUUUUGUAUAGUGCAAUACAGCAGAGUGUGUACAUAAAUAUAUUUUUGAGACGUCAGAUCUCAUAGGAAGUUUAGUGUACGGGGAUGGAUUGAUUUGACCUGGAUGUCUUUCUGUUUUCCUUUCGGCUGUUGAUUUGCUUUUUAGGAUUUGGGUUUUGUAAAGCUUGGUCUUGUUCUUUUUGCUGUUUUAAAAAGGGGACAGGGGACAGGGGUGAGGUUUGGGGAUUAUUGUGAU